AUGAGCUCUUCUGAUGAUGUGACUGCCCUUAGUCAACUACCUAUUGAUUCACAAUCAGUAUCCACAUCUCCAACGUCAGAUGACAUAGACCAUGAUGAAGAGGAAGACGAUGUUCCAUUGACCAAGAGAAGCAGGAAAAGAGUAGCUGUGGAAUCAGACAAUACCGAUAAUGACGAGGACAACGACAGCGACGAUAAUGAUGACGAUUACGAUUACGAUGAUGAUGUGCCAUUGUCCAAGAAGGCAAAGACGAAUAAUGGAACAGCUAAGGCCAAACCCACUGUCAAGAAGGAGACAAAAACAACGAGGAAAACUGAUUCAAAGAAAAAGGCCACACCGAAGGUGAAAGCUGAGCCCAGAGCUAAGACAACAACAACAACAAAGGUCAAGAGUGAGCCCAGAGCUAAGGCAACAACAACAAAGGUCAAGGGUGAGCCCAAAUCGACUUUGAAAAGAGUCAAGAAAGAGCCAUCAAUUAAGAGUGAAGCUAAAGCCAAAAAGGAAACUUCAGUCAAGAGCGAAACUCCUGGUACUGAAGAUGAAGACACUUACAAAUGGUGGGAACAACAAUCUGGUGACAAUGACGGAGAAAUCAAAUGGCAAUCAUUGGAACAUAAUGGAGUUAUGUUUCCACCACCGUAUGAACCUUUGCCAUCACAUGUCAAGCUCUACUACGACGGCAAACCUGUCAAUUUACCCAUUGAAGCAGAAGAAGUAGCCGGGUUCUUUGGAGCAAUGGUUGAGACUGAUCAUGCCAAAAAUCCAGUUUUUCAAAGUAACUUUUUCCAAGAUUUUCAACAAGUUUUGAAGGAAUGUGGUGGAUGUGGUGUUGAGAUUAGUGAUUUCAACAAAUUGGAUUUCAGCAAGAUGCAUGCAUAUUUCGAAAAAAAGAGGGAGGAAAAGAAAGCAAUGAGCAAAGAUGAGAAAAGGAGACUAAAGGAAGAGAAAGAAAAAAUUGAAGAACCGUACAAGACAUGUCUACUCAAUGGAAGAAAAGAAUUGGUUGGUAAUUUCCGGAUUGAACCUCCAGGUUUAUUUAGAGGUCGUGGUGCUCACCCUAAAACUGGUAAAUUAAAAAGAAGAGUGUAUCCAGAGCAAGUGACUUUAAAUUUGAGUGCUCAUGCCAAAGUACCUGAUCCACCACCAGGACACCAAUGGGCAGAAGUCAGACACGAUAAUGAAGUAACAUGGUUAGCCAUGUGGAAGGAAAACAUUGCCGACUCAUUCAAGUAUGUUCGAUUUGCAGCCAACUCAUCGGUCAAGGGACAAUCAGAUUUCAAGAAAUUUGAAACAGCGCGAGAAUUGCGUAAAUAUGUUGAUGCCAUAAGAAAAGAUUAUACCAAGAUGUUGAAACUGGAAAAGAUGCAAGACCGACAAAUGGCAACAGCAAUGUACCUCAUUGAUGUAUAUGCUUUGAGAGCUGGUGGUGAAAAAGGUGAAGACGAAGCUGAUACAGUUGGAUGUUGUUCACUUCGAUUCGAACAUAUUACUUUGAAACCACCAAACACCGUCAUUUUUGAUUUCCUUGGUAAAGAUUCCAUUCGAUUUUAUCAAGAAGUUGAAGUCUCCAAACAAGUUUUCAAAAACUUGCGUAUAUUCAAAAAGGAACCGAAACAACCGGGUGAUAAUUUAUUUGAUCGAAUUAACCCUAGUAUGGUGAAUAAGCAAUUGCAAAAUUACAUGAAGGGUUUAACAGCAAAAGUGUUUCGUACCUACAAUGCAUCUAAAACCAUGCAAGACCAAUUAGACUUGAUCCCUAAUGAAGGUACCGCUGCUGAAAAAGUUGUCAAGUUUAAUGCUGCCAAUAGAACCGUGGCUAUCUUGUGUAACCAUCAACGUACAGUGAGCAAAAACCAUGGCAAUUCAGUCCAGAAAAUUAGUGACAAGUUGAAAGAAUUAACAUGGCAAAAAAUUCGUACUAAAAAAAUGCUUCUUCAACUAGAUCCUAAAUUGAAAAAGAAAGAUCCCAAGUAUUUUGAAGAAUUGGAUGAUUUAGUCAAAGAGGAUAUCGAACAUAUUCAUCAUUCAAUAAUUGAACGACAAAAACAACAGGUGAUGAAGAAAUUGGAACGUGAUAACGAGAAAUUGAAAAUUGAAAAGAAACCAUUAUUAACCAAGAAGGACAUCAAGGAAAAACUAGACAAGAUUCAUGAGUUGGAAAAACAAUACAAGAAAGAAUUAAAGACCGGCAAACCUGAGUUACCCGCCAAAAUGACCGUGGAAAAAUGCUAUCAACAAAUUGAAACUUUUGAAAAUCGAAUAGUUGCCACGUCUUUACAAUUGAAGGAUAAAGAAGAUAACUCUGAAGUGUCAUUAGGAACAUCAAAGAUGAAUUAUAUUGAUCCUCGAUUGACAGUAAUGUUUUCCAAAAAGUAUGAUGUACCGAUUGAGAAAUUGUUUACCAAGACUUUGAGAGAAAAGUUUAAGUGGGCCAUUGAAUCAGCCGAUGAGAAUUGGAGGUUCUGA